GUCUGGAGAAACCUGUGGGGGAGGAGGGGGGCGUCCUUUGCCCACCGCUCUGUGAGCGGUGGGAAGAGACCGCGGCAUCUCGGUUUUUUAGGGGUUGUGUCCCAAGCACUGCUUGGAUAGGCUAAAUGAGGAGAUGGGACGGUCCCAGGGUCCUGGGAUGAAGGGGCUUUGGAGGGGCGAGAUGGAGAGCUAAAUGAGGGAAUUCGGGUCGAGUUUGGUGGGGUCUGUAAGACCCUGGCGGCGGAUAGAGAGGUAAAGGGGACUUUGCAGGCCAGUGACUUGUUGAAGGGUGAGGGGAAGUGAAAGCUAAGAAGCGUGUAGGAGUAGUAAAGGGCUCCAGUAGGUGAGGUGCUGAUGUCUAGGUCACUGAGUCAUUGUGGGGGUCGUGGACACACCAGGGAUUUCCAAAGUGGAACCCUGGUCAUUGACCUUUGAAAGUUGCAAAGACUAUUAAGAUGUCACUGGUUAGUGUUGGGUGAGCCUGGUGAAAUGGAGAUAUCCUAAGGAAAACAACAACAGGGUUGGUUAUGUUCAGAAGGAAGGGCCAGAGGCCUGUAAUAUUGUCGCUGGGGGCCUUACCUGAAGGCUCCCAAGCCUGAAGGAGGAGGCCUCAAAUCUGUCCUCCAGGGGCCCUGGUCUCUGCUAGAGAGGAGGGACUUAGAGCCUAAGUUGCAGUCCAGUUGGGGACUGAUAAAGUUAGUGGACAAGGCAUCUCUUGCUGGAGAGCCUCUAGGAUGGGAUGAAAUUGGUGCAAAGUUAGGCUUUGGUUAAGGCAAACAUGGAUAGAUCCCUGGCGGUGACUUUAGUGGGAAAGUGAUUUAGUGGCUGUGUAAAGAGAUUCAUUUGGGUCAGUGAUGUGUGGUGGGUUACUAGCAUUUGAAAUAUACAGGAAUUAAGUGUUCAUUCUUAGACCAGAGAUUUGGACUCUUCUUGCACAGAGCACAAAAUGAUGAAUUGGAAGUAGCAGGUAGGAAGGAUGAAUAGUAAAAUAGUUGGGAGGGCAAAAGGAUAUGGGUGGGUAACAGUCAUGUGUGGGUUAAGAACCUUUGACUCUUUGUGGAGAUUCAGCAGUGUGAUCGCCCUGUUGAUUUUGUUUUUUGUCUUGAUACUAGUGAUCUGGGAAAUUUUAGCAAGGAAUUAAUGUUACUGUGAAUAAUGUUUUGGUCACAAGUACAAAUUUAAGAAAGAUAUCCUUACUAACUAUUGAAAAAAGACUCAAGCUAUUGAAGACAGAGAUGAGUUAAUAAAAGGAGAAGUUAGUUAGACGAUGUAAGGAUGUUUUGAAGGAUGAGGAUUCCACUAACUGGUGGUCUGAAUAAGAAGAGAAAAUUUAAGGCAAAGUUGGGGCAUGGGUAACAUUUCGUAGUUUUAGGACUGAGGAUCUAAUGGUAUUGAACCAUUAUAAUAUUAUUUUGUAAUAACAGUGUUGCAAGUAAGGUGAUAAUAGUUCCACAAGAUAUGGUAGGUAGGUAAGGAGGUCAUUGACUAAAAGAUGAAGGAACAAUUCCACACUGUUCUCUUCUUAGGAGGCAACUUGUAUGUAAUGUGGCUUUUGAGCUCAGGAUCCCUGACCUGGAUUUUUAGAUGACUAGCAUAUGUGAAAAAGUACUUAUGUACAUUGGAAUUUAUUCUGUGGAAUAUUUGCCCCAUCGCCCCCAGGAGUGUCUGCUUUUGUAAAUCAAAAGAAAAUGCUCUCUGGCUUAUAGGGGAUAAAAAAUACAGAGGUUUCACAAGUAUUAUAAUCAACUAAAUAUUUGAUCAUAGUGACUUGGUAUAGUGGUUAGAGUCCUUGAACUUGGAAUCAGGAAACUGACUCUCCCAUUGACUUAUGGGACUUUGAACCAAUCUUUCAUAUUUAUUGUCCAGUUUCCCCGUUUAUGAAGUCGUGAUACCACUGCCCUGACCACUCAUAACCCAUUGCAGCGCUUAACAAAUGAAUGCCUAUCUGCAAAGUGCUUUGAACACUUCUGAGAAUGAGAGAUGAUGUAGCCCAACUUUUUUCUCGCUUUUAAAAGAUUCCUCUCUCUCAGGAACAGAACAAAUUCAGCCUUUGUAACAAUUAUGGCAGCAUAGUUGAUCAAGAAACAAAAAGGAGUACCUUAUACAUCUGUCUUGUUCGGUCGUCUGAGUAUUGGUUUUCUACUAAUUUUGAAAGGUGAUACCUUGUCCCCAUUUAGUAGUGAUGACAAUUGUGGAAUGUAAGAAAAGGUCCCCAUGGAAGAGUAGGAAAUUCACAGCACAUGCUGUGAAUGCUCACCUAGGCUGAUGCCCACCCUAAAUUUGAGUGACCUUGGACGUGUUACGUGGCUUCAUGGUGGCUUAAUUUUCUUCCAACUAUGAAGUAAUGUUGGUGGAAUAACUUAACUUGUCUGUCUGCCUUGGUGACUAUGAUGUUAGAAUCUAUAGGAACUUUAUUUGUUCGAGAACAACUUUAUUUGUUCUUAACCUCCUAUGUCCUACAUACCCCUCUGGCCAACUAAUGAAGCGUAGGACCUCUUUCAAGAAUUGUGUUUUUGAAAUGCAUAAAAUAGAACAUACAGACUUAGAAGUGACAGGGAAACAGCAAAAUGUUAAACAAUUAUGAUACAGUAAUUUAUAUGCUUCUUUCUAACACAUUAAAUAAUAAAGUGUAGCUGCGAUCUCACCUUACUGUGAUUUUGAAGUAGGGAUGGGUGUAAAUAUUGUGUUGGGAUAUCUGCAACAAGUGUAAUGCCACGGGAAAGUGUCCUGUGGUUCGUCUUGGUGACAGUCACGGGAUUGCUAAUACUACCUACCGCUGGUUGUUCCCUCCCUUCACAAUUGACGGCAGUGCUUACUUUUGCUAGAGGACUGAAUGUGGGGCUAGCUGGUGUCACUCCACUUUGACCUAAAAAUCCCCUUCUGUUUGGGAGGCAGAGAUCAUUCUUGGAAAGUUCUUCUGUGUCCCAAUGUAGAAGAGAGAGCAGAGUGGACAUCUCGAAAGUCAGCUCCAGUUCUCUGUACGAACGAGGAAUGGGCAGCAGCAAAAAUGUGAGGGCACCUUUGAGAACGGGGUUCCGGGACUCCUCCAACUCCUCACCUCCAGGAUGAGCACUGCAGUAUCGUGACCCUUGGGGUUUGGUGUGCCCUGGAGAUGCGAGAUUUUCCUUUGGCAGCAGGAGGCACACCCCCGGAGAAUGCUGGAGCUGCAAGGGGAAAGGACCCACUUCCACAGCGGAGAAAAACAAAGAGGAAAAGGGCGUACGGGGGGCCAGCGCUGAGGGACGCACCCAGCCAGCAGCGGGCCGCCACCGCCCUCAGCAGCUGUGUCUGCUGCCCGAGAGGAACUCGGUGAGCCCGUCCCUGUUUGUGACUGCAAGCUCAGGAUUUCAAUCAAUGCAUUCCAGUCACCCUAAAGUGAGGAGCUCUCCGUCAGGAAACACACAGAGUAGCCCUAAGUCAAAGCAGGAGGUGAUGGUCCGUCCCCCUACAGUGAUGUCCCCAUCUGGAAACCCCCAGCUGGAUUCCAAAUUCUCCAAUCAGGGUAAACAGGGGGGCUCAGCCAGCCAAUCCCAGCCAUCCCCCUGUGACUCCAAGAGUGGGGGCCAUACCCCUAAAGCACUCCCUGGCCCAGGUGGGAGCAUGGGGCUGAAGAAUGGGGCUGGAAAUGGUGCCAAGGGCAAGGGGAAAAGGGAGCGAAGUAUUUCCGCCGACUCCUUUGAUCAGAGAGAUCCUGGGACUCCAAACGAUGACUCUGACAUUAAAGAAUGUAAUUCUGCUGACCACAUAAAGUCCCAGGAUUCCCAGCACACGCCACACUCGAUGACCCCAUCCAAUGCUACGGCCCCCAGGUCUUCCACCCCCUCCCAUGGCCAGACUACUGCCCCGGAGCCCACACCUGCUCAGAAGACUCCCGCCAAAGUGGUGUAUGUGUUUUCUACUGAGAUGGCCAAUAAAGCUGCAGAAGCUGUGUUGAAGGGCCAGGUUGAAACUAUCGUCUCUUUCCACAUCCAGAACAUCUCCAACAGCAAGACAGAGCGAAGCACAGCCCCUCUGAACACACAGAUAUCUGCCCUUCGGAAUGAUCCGAAACCCCUCCCACCACAGCCCCCGGCUCCAGCCAACCAGGACCAGAAUGCUUCCCAGAAUACCAGACUGCAGCCGACUCCACCCACUCCGGCACCAGCACCCAAGCCCGCUGCACCCCCGCGCGCCCUGGACCGGGAUAGUCCUGGGGUGGAAAACAAACUGAUUGCUUCCGUAGGCAGUCCUGCCAGCUCCGCUCCACUGCCCCCCGACGGUACCGGGCCGAACUCGACCCCCAAUAACCGAGCAGUGACCCCUGUCUCCCAGGGCAGCAGUAGCUCUUCAGCAGAUCCCAAAGCCCCUCCGCCUGCACCGGUGUCCAGCGGAGAGCCCCCCACACUGGGAGAGAACCCCGAUGGACUGUCUCAAGAGCAGCUGGAGCACCGGGAGCGCUCCUUACAAACGCUCCGAGAUAUCCAACGUAUGCUUUUCCCCGAUGAGAAAGAAUUCACAGGAGGACAAAGUGGGGGACCCCAGCAGAAUACUGGGGUACUAGAUGGACCUCAGAAAAAACCGGAAGGGCCGAUACAGGCCAUGAUGGCUCAAUCCCAAAGCCUAGGGAAGGGCCCUGGGCCCCGGACAGAUGUGGGAGCUCCAUUUGGCCCUCAAGGCCAUAGAGAUGUGCCCUUUUCUCCCGAUGAAAUGGUUCCACCUUCCAUGAACUCCCAGCCUGGGCCCCUGGGACCCGAGCACCUGGACCAUAUGACCCCCGAGCAGAUAGCAUGGCUGAAACUGCAGCAGGAGUUCUACGAGGAGAAGAGGAGGAAGCAGGAGCAAGUGGUGGUGCAGCAGUGCUCCCUCCAGGACAUGAUGGUCCACCAGCAUGGGCCGCGGGGCGUGGUCCGAGGGCCUCCCCCUCCGUACCAGAUGGCCCCCAGUGAAGGCUGGGGGCCUGGUGGGGCAGAGCCCUUUGCCGACGGGAUCAGCAUGCCCCAUUCUCUGCCCCCGAGGGGCAUGGCUCCCCACCCCAACAUGCCGGGGAGCCAGAUGCGCCUCCCCGGAUUUGCAGGAAUGAUCAGCUCGGAAAUGGAGGGGCCGAAUGUCCCCAACCCGGCGUCUAGACCAGGUCUUUCUGGAGUCAGUUGGCCAGACGAUGUGCCAAAAAUCGCGGAUGGCCGAAACUUCCCGCCUGGCCAGGGUGUCUUCAGUGGUCCUGGCCGAGGGGAACGCUUCCCAAACCCCCAGGGACUGUCCGAAGAGAUGUUUCAACAGCAGCUGGCCGAGAAGCAGCUGGGUCUCCCCCCGGGGAUGAGCCUGGAAGGCAUCAGGCCCAGCAUGGAGAUGAAUAGGAUGAUCCCAGGCUCCCAGCGACACAUGGAGCCUGGGAAUAAUCCCAUCUUCCCUCGAAUACCCGUCGAGGGCCCUCUGAGUCCCUCCAGGGGUGACUUUCCGAAAGGAAUUCCCCCGCAGAUGGGCCCUGGCCGGGAACUUGAGUUUGGGAUGGUUCCUAGUGGGAUGAAGGGAGAUGUCAGUCUAAACGUCAGCAUGGGAUCCAACCCUCAGAUGAUACCUCAGAAGAUGAGAGAGGCUGGGGCGGGCCCUGAGGAGAUGAUGAAAUUACGCCCAGGUGGCACAGACGUGCUGCCUGCUCAGCAGAAGAUGGUGCCCCUGCCCUUUGGGGAGCACCCCCAGCAAGAGUACGGCAUGGGCCCCAGGCCAUUCCUCCCCAUGUCUCAGGGUCCAGGCAGCAACAGCGGCUUGCGGAAUCUCAGAGAACCAGUUGGGCCCGACCAAAGGACUAACAGCCGGCUCAGUCACAUGCCACCACUACCUCUCAACCCUUCCAGUAACCCCACUAGCCUCAGCGCCGCUCCUCCAGUUCAGCGUGGCCUGGGGCGGAAGCCCUUGGAUAUGUCUGUGGCGGGCGGCCAGGUACAUUCCCCAGGCAUUAACCCUCUGAAAUCUCCCACGAUGCGCCAGGUCCAGUCGCCGAUGCUGGGCUCGCCGUCGGGGAACCUCAAGUCCCCCCAGACUCCAUCGCAGCUGGCAGGCGUGCUGGCGGGCCCAGCUGCUGCUUCCAUUAAGUCCCCCCCUGUCUUGGGGUCUGCCGCUGCUUCGCCUGUUCACCUCAAGUCUCCAUCACUUCCUGCCCCGUCACCCGGAUGGACCUCCUCUCCAAAACCUCCCCUUCAGAGUCCCGGGAUCCCUCCAAACCAUAAAGCACCCCUCACCAUGGCCUCCCCAGCCAUGCUGGGCAGUGUAGAGUCAGGUGGCCCCCCACCUCCUACAGCCAGCCAGUCUGCCUCUGUGAAUAUCCCUGGAAGUCUUCCCUCUAGUACACCUUACACCAUGCCUCCAGAGCCGACCCUUUCCCAGAACCCGCUGUCUAUUAUGAUGUCUCGAAUGUCCAAGUUCGCAAUGCCCAGUUCUACCCCUUUAUACCACGACGCCAUCAAGACUGUGGCCAGCUCCGAUGACGACUCCCCUCCAGCUCGUUCUCCCAACUUGCCAUCAAUGAAUAAUAUGCCAGGAAUGGGCAUUAAUACACAGAAUCCUCGAAUUUCAGGUCCAAACCCCGUGGUUCCGAUGCCAACCCUCAGCCCAAUGGGAAUGACCCAACCACUUUCUCACUCCAAUCAGAUGCCCUCUCCGAGUGCCAUGGGACCCAACAUACCUCCUCAUGGGGUCCCAAUGGGGCCCGGCUUGAUGUCACACAAUCCUAUCAUGGGGCACGGGUCCCAGGAGCCUCCGAUGGUACCUCAAGGACGGAUGGGUUUCCCCCAGGGCUUCCCUCCAGUACAGUCUCCUCCACAGCAGGUUCCAUUCCCUCACAAUGGCCCCAGUGGGGGGCAGGGCAACUUCCCAGGAGGUAUGGGUUUCCCAGGAGAAGGCCCCCUCGGCCGCCCCAGCACCCUGCCUCAGAGUUCAGCAGAUGCAGCACUUUGCAAGCCUGGAGGCCCCGGGGGUCCUGACUCCUUCGCUGUCCUGGGGAACAGCAUGCCUUCGGUGUUUACAGACCCAGAUCUGCAGGAGGUCAUCCGACCUGGAGCCACCGGAAUACCGGAGUUCGAUCUGUCUCGCAUUAUUCCAUCUGAGAAGCCUAGCCAGACACUGCAAUAUUUCCCUCGAGGCGAAGUCCCAGGCCGUAAACAGCCCCAGGGUCCUGGACCUGGGUUUUCGCACAUGCAGGGGAUGAUGGGUGAACAAGCCCCCAGAAUGGGACUAGCAUUACCUGGCAUGGGAGGCCCAGGGCCAGUGGGAACUCCGGACAUCCCUCUUGGUACAGCCCCAUCCAUGCCGGGCCACAACCCAAUGAGACCACCAGCCUUUCUCCAGCAAGGCAUGAUGGGACCUCACCAUCGGAUGAUGUCACCAGCACAAUCUACCAUGCCCGGCCAGCCCACCCUGAUGAGCAAUCCAGCUGCUGCCGUGGGCAUGAUUCCUGGCAAGGAUCGGGGGCCUGCUGGGCUCUACACCCACCCUGGGCCUGUGGGCUCUCCAGGCAUGAUGAUGUCCAUGCAGGGCAUGAUGGGACCCCAACAGAACAUCAUGAUCCCCCCACAGAUGAGGCCCCGGGGCAUGGCCGCCGACGUGGGCAUGGGUGGAUUUAGCCAAGGACCUGGCAACCCAGGAAACAUGAUGUUUUAAGCUGCUAAGAUUGGAUGUGCCGAUCCUUGUCAAGAUGAGAUUCCAGGUCCUGAGAGCUGCUUUGAGGGAGUUCCAGGAGUACUGUUGGUCAUGCAAUAGGAGAACAGAGACCCGAGGGCUGCUUUGGGGGUGGGGGGAACUCGAGAAUGUAUGGAUUUACCUGAAAACAAAUGAUUCAUUUAAUCAACAGGUGUGUUUUUUUUAAGAUUUAUUUUUUAAAAAUUAUUUUUGUGGACUUGGGUAUCCCAUGAUGGCACCUACUUUUGGGAAUCUGUAGCUGUGCUUUGAGAAUUGCCAUCGGUCAUGUGUUGCACCGUUCUCUGUAUGUUUACGUCCUUUGGACUGGCUUCUCCCAGGAUUCUUUUCUGGUUUUGAUUUUUGCUUUGGGCUUUAUUUUUUUGUGUACUGUACUAUAUUGUAAAAGGGAUUUUAGCAGAGACUUUAGUCUUUGGGACAAGAGGAGAACAGGAAUGCUGGGCUGUUUACUUCAGGUGGAGAAUCCAUCUUCAGACCUUUGGACUAUUUUCUUUCAACUCCAGUGUAUAGAAAAAAAACCAAACUACGACCUCAGAGCAGAGUAUUAAUGAAAAGCACAAAAAAAGGAACUAAGUUCAGCGAGGGGUGGGGGGAGGGGGGAGAUUUUUCUUUUUAAAAAUAAUGAAGCUUAGGACGUUUGUUUUUCAGUUCGAGUGCUCUCCGGCACUUGUCUGUCUCUCCCAGUCUGCAAACCCACCUUCACGUUUUUCUCUCAGUUUCCCUCCCCUCCCCCUCUGCAUCCCCUUGGUUAAGUGUGUUUCCUCCCUCAUCCCCGUGCCCUGCCACCGACAACCCCUGCUUUCCUCCUCUUUCCCUUUGGCAGCUGCAAUACACGGUGUUAUUUGGGGGAAGUAAAUCUAAGGAAGCCUCGCCUUCCAGGUGGAGUGUCGUCCGGGCUCCGGCUCUGGCUCUGGGAGGGAAAGGCCACUGUGCUUGGGAUGCUCGAUGGUUUUCUUUUCCCUUUCUUCUCUUCCCGGACAUGCCCUUCCCUGCCCACCUUGUUUUCUGUUCUCCUUUGAUUAGGAAUUCCCAAGUGAAUUUUAUCAAUGUGGGAGUGGAACAGAUGCUAAAAGCUACCCAGGAUUUUGUUUUUGUUUUUGUUUUUGAUUUUGUGGUUCCUUCCCUUCCCUCCCCCUCCCAUGCGUAAAACGUUCUGUGUAACCUCCAUUAAAUUUGGUACAAAACCACUCACCAGAGCUGUGGUGUCAGAAAAAUAAAAUAUAUUGUUUCUUACAAAA